GAUCGGAGGGCUCCGAACGCCGUGAACAUUUUAGCUUACGCUGCUGCAUCGAAUUCCUGCCCUGCAAAUGUAUUCCCAACACGAGAAGCUAUCGAAUUCAUUCAUGGAGGGAAUCACGUUUGGAUAGGAGGUGAUAUGCGGGUCACCACACAAGCCACUAAUGAUCCAAUAUUCUAUCUUCACCACUGCAUGAUCGACAACAUCUGGGAGAGAUGGCGACAGUCUCGACAGUCACGAACCCAGCGCCAAAACGACUAUCCCGCGGACAACAUUUACUGUAGCAGUCAGUCGCAUUUCGCACGAUCUAUUAUGGUCCCGUUCUCGCCGAUGGUGAACAUCGACGGGUUAGUUAAUGACUACACGGACAAUCUCUACACCUAUGCCCCCAGGCCGACUUGUUCCAGCACCAACAGAGAUUGCGGAUCGAGGUAA